CACACAGAAGCACAAGCAAAAUCGAAACAUUCCAAACGGUUCAGCAUCCACAUCCCAGGCAGGACCUUUGAUAGCAGAAGAGCAGAAACGCAGUUCCAUUGAGAGAGUUUUCCACCAUCUUGGAAAAUUUUGUGCAAAUUUGAAACGGUUAAUUGUGCGUCCAAGUGCUUCGAUUCGGGUCGUUUUGUGUCGCGAAAAACGCUGGCCAGUGCCGCCGUGUGGCCGCAGGUGCUCGCGAGUGCCGCGAUCGCGGCGAUGGCCGAAAUUGAUGGAAAUUUUCCUCGGUCCCUUCGGGGUGGAUUCCUGUAAAGAUGGAUGAAAAUCUGCUGCCAAGUGAAGAGGAGCCCACAUCACGCCCACGUGGAAAAACGCCCCAAGGAUAAGACUGCAAGUAGGCGUGGGGGACUAUUAGUUCGGCGCAAAAGUGGCCUGCUGCGAUUCGCUGGACAGGAAACCACAAAUGCAGGAACUAUGAGGCGAGGAUAUAAGAGAAGAUUCCUUCCGGAACUAGCGCUGGAAAUCGAUCUGAACAACUGAAUUUCCAAAAGUGUGAACGGUCUGUGGCUGUGUAUCGAUUGAGGGAAAAAGUGGGUGUAACAGGAUUUGCCGAAUUGUGUGUCGUCCGUUCGGAAGCAGAAGUGCUUCGCAAAUAUUCUGCAAUCCAGGAUUGAUUCGAAUUGAAAAAAGACGACAGUUUUUUGGUGAAGAAAUUUCAGUGCUCAAAGUGCGGUACGUUAACCAGCAGUGAGGGAAGAUAUAUCCGGAUUAAUUACGGAUCUGCCCAGUUGAAAUCCGGGCGGAUAUAUCCGAACCUUGUAGUUUAGUAAGUUCGCAAAAAUUUCGGGUCCGCCGCUAGAGAGCCCCGAGUCGCCUCGUUACGUGAGUGAGUGAUCAUGAGCAGCAACAUUGGGAAUGAUCUUAGCGAACGAAGCAGAAGCAGCGGCAGAUGCAGCAGCAGUCGGGCAGGACUUCCAAGGAAUGUUACUUCGGGGCGGUUUAUCGGCGUGGUGGCCAACUUCCUGGCUCUCCUGGUGGUCGUCGGAGUUGUUGUCUGCGACGAGGACACAACCCCGCACCCACUGGACGAUCACCGACGCUACUCGCAACCGAUCUCCUAUCCAGGCGCAAACCAAUUCGUGGGAAUACACAAACAGUACGCGGCCGGUAAGGUGAAAUCCACCGAGAGCCGCCAGAAACCUAAACCGAACAUCAAACAGAAACAAAACUCCCGGCCCCAACUGCCCGCCGGAAAGCUUGUGCUAGCUCCCCGGCAGUACCACCCUCCGCCGUUUUCCUUCGGACAGGAAGUUCCGGAUGUGCGGAGCCACCGCAAAGGGGUGCCGAUCUACGUGCCACCGGGCUACGGAACCAUCUACCAUGGUCUGCAUCGAGUGGCGGGAGGCGAGCGGACGGACAUAGACUUCCGCCAUUAUGGGCACAAUGGAGGGCUGGAGUACCCCGGGGACAGGAUCUUCGUCCCGGAUGGGGACCUGCUGGGCGAAGGGAUGGCAGGCAAUGGCGAUACCUCGCCGGGUGUCGAUAACUGCGACAUCAAGUGCGAACCGAGGGAAUUCAUGUGCGAGAAGAGUUGCGCCUGUAUCCACAUGGAUCUGCACUGUAACGGGCAGGCCGAUUGCAUCCUAUCGGAAGACGAGCAGGACUGCGAAGCGAUGCAGCAGGAGCUGUUCAAGCAGUUGAAGGAUAGCUGCGAGGCUAGCGGAACGCACGUCAUCUGCGCUACGACGCAUACCUGCAUUGCGAAGGCCUGGCUGUGCGACGGCGAUGAUGAUUGCGGGGACUUUACGGAUGAGACGCACUGCAAGGAUAGUCGGCACGACUGCAGCCCGGGGAAGUUCAUGUGUCAGAACGAGCUGUGCGUGCCGAUGGAGUGGGUGUGCGAUGGGGAUGACGACUGCAACGAUCAAUCGGACGAGAGGAAUUGCACCAGGCAAUGCACCCAGGACGAGUUCCGCUGCCGCGACGGGUCCUGCAUUUCGGCUUCGUUCGAGUGCGACGGCGAACCGGACUGCAUCGACGAGUCGGACGAAAAUGCGUGCGACCGGCCGAUGCAGAUUUGCCCGGACGGAGAGUUCAAGUGCAAGGGAACGCUGGGCGGACUGGGCGGUCCCGGUGGCCGUUGCGUGCUGAACCGGUUCCGCUGCGACGGCGACAACGACUGUGGCGAUUGGAGCGACGAGGAAGGAUGUCCCAAGAAGCAGGUGAUGUGCACGGCCAACGAGUUCAAGUGCGACGAUGGGGACUGCAUUCCGGUGCAGUGGCGGUGCGACGAUAAGCAGGAUUGUAACAACGGAGAGGACGAGAAGGGAUGUCCGGUGGAUAAGUUGGCUGGGCGGACCUGUUCGCCGGAUGAGUACACUUGCAAGGAUGGGCGGUGUAUUUUGCGCUCAUGGGUUUGCGAUGGAUCCGCUGAUUGCAAGCGAGGAGAGGACGAACAGGACUGCGAAAUCAAGUGUGAAAUCAACCAAUUCGCGUGUUCAUCCAGCAGUCGAAACAGCUCCAACGAUCCGUUGUGCAUCAAUCAGAAAAAUGUUUGCGAUGGUCACAAGGAUUGUGUUAACGGCGAAGACGAGCAACGUUGUCCAAUAGUUCACCGAUGCGGCGCUCAAAGUUCAUGUGAGCAGCAAUGUAUUACGGCUUACAGUGGACGAGAGGAAUGCAAAUGCCGGAUGGGAUUCCUGCUGCAUGGCAAUGGCUUCAACUGUACCGACAUCGACGAGUGUACGAUCACCAACAAUCCGGUUUGCUCACAGGAGUGCAUCAACACGGUCGGUAGCUUCCGCUGCGAUUGCAAACCGGGGUACGUCCUCAGACCGGACAACAGAACUUGUAAAGCCGUUGGAGGAGCCGUGAAGCUAUUGAUGGCCAACCGAGCUGACAUCAGGCAGGUUUCGCUUAGCAAUAACCAGUUUACGUCGAUUGUUAAAGGCUUGCCGAAUGCAAUCGCGCUGGAUUAUCAUUACAACAAGGAUCUCCUGUUUUGGACGGAUGUUUCAAUCGACGUAAUAAAGCGAUCGUAUUUGAAUGGAACCGGAGUUCGGGAUGUCAUAAAGUGGGGAUUGGAAUCACCCGGAGGAUUGGCCGUUGAUUGGAUCCAUGAUCUACUGUUCUGGACCGAUUCGGGAACCCGCAGGGUCGAAGUAUCCACGUUUGAUGGCAAACUCCGGGCGGUGAUCGCGGCAAAUGAUUUGGACAAACCUCGGGCGAUCGCAGUCCACCCCGGUAAGGCAACCAUUUUCUGGACGGACUGGGGCACGGUGCCAAAGAUCGAAAAAUCCUUCAUGGAUGGUUCUGAUAGGCGAACCAUAGUUUCGGAAUCCAUUUUCUGGCCCAACGGCUUGGCGAUUGAUUACACAACGGACCGUAUCUACUGGGCCGAUGCAAAGCACGUCAUCGAGAGCGCCGACUUUGACGGUAAGGGACGGAAGAAAAUCCUGAGCAACAAUCUUCCGCAUCCGUUCGCCAUGACGCUAUUCGAAGAUUCCAUGUACUGGACGGAUUGGCACACGAGGACCGUCUCGUCAGCGAACAAAGUCAACGGACGCGGAUAUCGAAUUGUUCAUGAAGGUUUGCAUUUUCCAAUGGACAUCCAGAGUUUCCACCCAUCGCGUCAACCGGACUACCAGAAUCGGUGCCAAUUGGACUCGGCUGGUCGCCGAGGUGGAUGUUCGCAUCUUUGCCUACCGAAUCGCAACCAUAGAAGAUGUGCUUGUCCAAUUGGUUUGUCACUGAAAGGAGAUCAGCGAACUUGCUCGAAUGUCCCGGAUAAGCUGUUGUUGAUCGCGCGUAAGAAGGACAUCCGAGUGCGUCAACUCGAUCAGCAGAAUCCCAGCAAAGGGGUGGAUAUGGUGGUCCCACUGGAUGGCAUCAAGUCCAACGUAGCGAUCGAUUGGUGCAGUCAAACGAACGUGAUCUACUGGACGGACGUAGGCAAGAGUAUCAUCAGCCGGGCAUUCAUCAACGGAAGCCAGCAGGAAGCGAUCAUCAAGUCGAACCUGAUCUCACCGGCUGGAUUGGCCCUGGAUUGGAUCACCGAUAAGAUCUACUGGACCGAUGCGGGAACCAACAGAAUCGAGGUAGCCAGUACGGACGGAAAACAGAGGACGCUUCUGAUUUGGGAAAAGUUGGACAAACCGAGGGAUAUCGUCGUUCAUCCGAGCGACGGUUACAUGUUCUGGUCGGACUGGGGUUCCAAUCCGUUGAUUGAGAGAGCCGGAAUGGACGGAACUGGUCGAGUAACCUUGGUAUCGGAGAAUCUGCAAUGGCCAAAUGGACUGGCGCUGGAUACUGACAACCAUCGACUGUAUUUUGUGGACGGCGGUACGAAGCUGCUGGAGUUUGUCAAUUUCGAUGGAACGGGUCGCAAUCGGUUGAUCACGGACGGUUUGAAGCACCCAUUCGGAUUGGAUGUGUACGACAAGAAGGUUUACUGGACGGAUUGGGACACGCACAGCAUUCAGGUGGCCGAUAAACUCACCGGCCAAGGGAGGGAGGUGGUUUUGGCGAACAAUACGGAUCUGAUGGAUAUUAGAGUGUUCCAUCGAACUCGGAAGGAUGUCCGCAACCCUUGCAAACCUCGCAACGGGGGAUGCUCGUACAUUUGUCUACUGAGUCCAACGAGACAUACUUGCGCCUGUCCGAUUGGAAUUCAACUCAACGAUGACGCCAAGACCUGCAAGGAUGGACCAUCCAAGUACCUGAUCUUCGCCCACCGCACCGACAUACGCCAGGUUUCAUUGGACAGUGAUUACCAGAUCGACGUUGUGCUGCCGUUGCCUCCGAUAUCGAAUGCCGUGGCCCUGGACGUCGACACCGACACCGGCGAUGUCUACUGGGCCGAUACGGUCGAGGAUGUGAUCAUGCGAUCCUCCCAGAACGGAAUGCACGUCAAACAGGUGCUCAGCGAGAGCAUGGACAGUGUCGAUUCGUUGGUGAUCGACUCGGUGGGUCGCAAGAUCUACUGGGCCGAUUCCAUCCGGUGUUCGAUCGAGGUCAGCGAAUUGGAUGGCAGUGUGAGAACCGUUCUCGUGUGGCACAAUCUCAUCCAUCCGCGGGGUAUCGCACUGGAUUACGAUAGCGGACACCUGUUCUGGUCCGACUGGCGUAAGGAUCCAGUGAUAGAGCGGGCAGACAUGGAUGGAGAACACAGAAAGAGUAUCGUCACGACCGAUUUGGGCUUCGUUAGCGGACUUGCCGUGGACAGCGUGGAGAACCGCAUCUAUUGGACGGACUCCAAGUCCAAGAGAAUCGAAUCGUGUGACUUUAACGGAAAUUCACGAAAGGUUCUGCUGAACAACCUGUCGCACCCGUACGCUUUGACGGUGACAACGAGUACGGUCUACUGGACGGAUUGGAUAACCAAAGCUUUGCAUUCAGUUAUUAAGAUCAACACCAGCAAAGUUCGGAAGGUCGCAAAAGAUUUGGAAGAGCUCAUGGAUGUUAAAGUUGUUCUCGGUUCGACUGAUAAUCAGGACAAUCUAUGCGGCAAAAACAACGGCGGGUGUUCUCAUCUGUGUCUUCGAACUCCCGGAGGGUACAGUUGCAAGUGUCCGACUGGAUUACUCAUGAAAGACGGUAGCAACAAGGAAUGUAGGACAAUCCCUGAGGAAUACUUGUUGAUUGCCCUCCGGUCCGGUAUCGGUCGCAUCUCGCUGGACACCCAGGACAUGUUCGACGUUGUUCUGCCAAUUGAAGGAGUUCAUGGAGUGGUCGCACUGGACUACCACUUCGACCGGAUGUACAUUUUCUACGCGGACGUCAACGUCGAUGCCAUCCGGCGAGUCAGCAUCAACGACUUCUCCAGCACCAAAGUGAUCGUCAGCAGUGGUCUCAGCACUCCGAACGGCAUUGCCGUUGACUGGUUGGCCGAUAAUCUGUACUGGACGGAUGCGGCCUUGAAGAAGAUCGAGGUGUCCCGUUUGGAUGGUUCCUGUCGCAAGGCCGUACUGACCGGAGGCUUGGACGACCCACGGUCGAUCAUUUUGUACCCGAAGCGAGGCUUCAUGUUCUGGACCGACUGGGGCCAGGCACCGAGAAUCGAACGGGCUUACAUGGAUGGUUCGGAGCGGCGUAGCAUUAUCGAUUCGGAGCUCGGAUUCCCCACAGGUUUGGCCAUUGACUUCGCUAUGAAGAAGCUGUACUGGGCCGACGCUCAGCAGGAUCGGAUUGAGAUGUGUGACUUUGACGGGAAACGCCGCACUCGGGUGAUCUCGCAGGCCGCACAUUCCUUUGGAUUCACGCUGACCGCUGACUACAUGUACUGGACCGACUGGCACAAUAAAUCGGUUCAGAGAGCUCCGAAACGGGUCGCUGCUCCAGUGGAGGAAGUUCGUUUUGGGCUAAGAGGCGCCCUUGAGAUUCGUUCGGUGUCCGGCAGUCGUCAACCACAUGAUUGGAACCCUUGUGGUCAGGACAACGGCGGCUGCAGCCAUCUAUGCCUCUUCGCCGAGACACGCUACGUAUGCGGUUGCCCAGACGUUCCAGACGAGAACCAUUGCAGCCUUGAACCGGCCUUCAACGUUCCGAUCAAGCCUAACGACGAGAUCACGUCCACGUCGGAACCCAAACCGCCCGUGUCCAACGGGUCCACCAUGCUCAGCAAAAACCGAAUGCACGCCCAAUUGGUCAUCAUCGCUACGGCCAUCUUGGCCGGCAUAGUCGUCAUAAUUGUGAUCACCAUCCUAGUGCUGAUUGUGAAUUCCAAACGGAAACAGAGCCGGAAAACGUCCCGCAGCGGAAGCGACGUGCUCACGUUCACCAACCCGAACUACAACGGCGUGGACGGGCUGUGCCAUCACCACCAUCCGGGUGAGGGACCGCCGGCGACGGCACGCAACACCAUCUGGAAGCGGCUGAAGUACGACCGGGCUCAGGAACGAGUCUUUGAGGAGAAAUACUUGGGCCUCCCGCACGGUACCGCCACCACAACUCUAAUUUCACCAGCUUCGUCGUCGCAGAUAUCCUCCGAAGCGGCAGCCCUUCCAGUGUAAACAAAAUACUAACGAUGAAGAAAACAAACAAAAACGCUGACAUUUGUAAGUAUUAAGAAGCAUGAACGAAAAACAAAACAUGUGGAACUGAUUACAUCACACAACAACAAACUGAAGCAACUGAUUCAAAUCAAUGAGACAUAUUCAACAACUGAAGAAAAUGAGUACGUUUAUGAAUUCACGAAGAAAAACCAGAAAAUCAAGGCAGCUAACAUUAGAAUGAAUUAAACUGACAGAUACUCUUAAACACUAAUAAACUAGAAACUAACUGAGGAAACCUAAGGUUGAGAAUCGCAUAUUAUUAAAUGACAACUGUCCAACAUAGAAGAGAAACAAAAUCAUCAAAAACGUUGAGAGAACUAUUUUUAGCCAGAUUUUGUCCCGAACUUUUAUUUUUGUAUUGGAACAUGACACAAACGCUGUCAUUACCUCUCUCGUCAGAACUACUCUCAUGGUCUUAUAUGGGGCAUUAGGGUGUAAGGCAAUACACGACAGUCAACGAAACACCUUAACCUUGGAAACGAAGGUGAAACAAAUCAAAUUCGAACGAAUCGGCUUAUGGAGGUACGGAAGACAGGGGGAGCAUUCGAGAAACUGGAGGUGAAUUUGACCAGUGUAGGGGUGCUCUCUCUCUGGAAACGAAUCGAGCAAACGGGAGUAAUUCGACUAAAUACGAUAGCAUAGUAGCAUUACCUAUAACUAGUGUGGUUAUGAAACUGGUUGUAAUUUUAUGAACAGAAAUAGAAAUCUUUAACGAAAAUCUAAUCUCAACACACUGUCACUUCACAGAAGAAAAAAAAACAAAACAAACAAAAAAAAUCUAUAGACAUUUAUGAAACCAGGAACUGUUUUGUUGAUGUUUAACAGCUGUCCGAAACCGUGGUGUUGUUUUGUCACCGCCUACUCCUCCUCCUUUACAUCUCCCCCCACACACACACAAAUAGACACAGUUUCUUCGAUUUGCAACUCGUUCGAUUCGGUGUGCAAAAGAUCGAAACUUCUCCGUUGUUAAGAUUUAAGAAGAGGAAAUAGAAAUAAAACACACACACACAGACACACUCUGUCGUUGAACGCUAUAUUGGAAAUAAAAGAAAAACGAACACACUCACACAGAAGAAAAAAGUAAAUAUAUACAUAUAUGAAUAUAUGAAUGUUUUAUAUAUUUCUAGUUUUUUAUACAUAUCCUGUGCAACUACAUAAGAAAGAUGAGGGGGAGACGAAUUGACCGGAUCUGUACAGAGAGCCGCGUUUUUUGUACUUUUUUGAUUUCUGCAAACGGAAUUUCGACAGCUUUGGUUCCAUACAAAAGGGAUAAAAUUUGAAACAAUAUGGCUGUGUGACGAUUAAGCGCGGAUUUGUUUUCAUUCGUUGUUUCCGGACAAAGUUUUUGCCCACUUUUGUUACGACAGUAGGCGACAAACCGGGCGAGGAGGACGGCCAUCCGACCUCCGAGUUCGGCAUAUUUUAAUAAACUUUAUUGAAGGUAUUGACAUUACGAUUAUUGAAGGAAGUAAUUUUGCAUAUAGAGAUACUUUUUAGGGCAAAAUCGAUGCCAGAUCUAAUCUUGGUAUGUACAUAGUCUAAUAUGAUACAAGGGACAGCGUAGGACGUGGAUAUGUUUCACUUAUUGUAAACAAGUCACAUUUUUAGGUAAACAAAAGCAUUUGAAACAGAAUAAAGUCGUUUUGUUCGCAUUCUUUGGUUCAGUAUUUUUGACGCAAACCAAAUUUUCGCAGUGCAUUGAAACAGAAUAGAAGCGGGUUUGUUUUGAAACAGAUACAUCAAAUUCACAGCGCAGUUAUUAGAGCUAUUAUAUAUGGAACACAGUGGAAAUAAAAGUUAAUGUAAAUACGAACACUUUCCUACAGUUGCAGUGAACAACUCAUUGAAUCGAUUGUAAGAAACUUAAAUCUACACAAAAAUCUCUAAAAAAAAUAUUAGUGUUAAGUGGAAUGGAAGAACAUGUGAAACAUUGUGCCAAAAAAUCUAGCCCGGAAGAUGGCAACACGGGCGCAAAUGUCAGAUCGGGUGCCGCGGCCGCAGCAGGCGUUGACCUCCAAAACAACGCCACUGACGACGGUUGCCAGCGCACGGUCCCGUUGCCCCGCUGUUCGCCACUCUUCCGCGACGGGAGAAACACUGUAAAAUAAUAAUUCUGUCUGCUCACUAAAUGCAAGAUAAGCAAAUCUUUAAAAUUUAAAUAAAAGGAUUAAAACAAGGAAGUUUUCUAAAAACGAAUGAAUAUUUUCCACUAAACGGAUAAAAGACUGAUUUGAGUUUCUGAGUUCUUGCGCUCCAUUGCUAUGAAUUGUUAACGAGUCAAAUGAUUAUAUGAUAGGUUCAAAUUUGAAGCAGAAAUUGCCAAAACAUUCGUUUGUUCGUUUCGUCGCAUGAAGCAGCAAUUGCUGCGGAAAAGAUGGUGACCUGAACGCCACGUUGAGCUGGUCCGCUUUAAUUUUUGGAUACGUUUUUCUUUCAGUGAUGGAAUAUAAUAAAAUGAUGAAGACCUAGAUUUCAGUUCGUCUUUCAACAAAUUUCAAUUGUUUUUACUUCAUAUAAAGUCAUAAGAUUACGUUAUUUGGCAUUAAAAAAAUCAUAGAAAUUAAACCAUAUUUGCAUUGCAAGAAUGUUAUUGUAGAAACCCUGGACCUUCCGCGUGGUACAGCCACCAUUUGCUCAGAAAUGAAGCUCUUUGCGAAACGAACUCUGCUCAAGCAUUUCAAAUCAAAAGUGACGUUAAAACGUUCAAAACGUUAAGUUUCCGUAAAAUGCCUUUCGUUUUUGUUACAAACUUGUUUGAGUUAUUUUUAGAUAUGAAAUUUUUAAUAUUAUUACCUGAUGGAAGGUAGUAAAUAAAAUUGCUCAUAUAUCACUGUAUAAAUUUGACAAUAUAUCGAUCAAAUACGGAUGAAAAAGCAACUGCUGAAACAACAGAACUGACAGUUCAGCAGCAUUCAAAAUAGUUCGAAGCCUGCUUGUAUCGGUCAACCGUAAACUACGGAUCGGCAAUGUCAUCGCCAAAAUUCAAAAGUUUCGACCGUCUUUCGGGUUUAGCGACAACCUAAGCCGACACAGCGAUUAUACUUGGUUAUGGGGCUCUAAACUGAAUAUAAUCAACCAAAAUAAAACAAUAUUCGGCAUUAGCUUCUCCACCCGAAAGCAAACGAACAAACAAACUUUCGCAUCGGUUGACAUGGCAACACUGAAUCGCUCAACGCAGUAAACAAGCUACACGCAAAAAAAAGUUCUGUGUAGAACCAAAAGUGUAAAUCGGUAAACAUUUCAGAUUUCAGUGACAGCAAGUUGUUACGCGCAAGUUGAACAUGUUUCACAACUUAUCGCAGUUUUCUUUUCGUUUCAAAGUUCAAUCUGGACGCUCCAAAUGCGCGUUUUAGUGCACUUGGACAAAACACACGAAUGAGUUUGAUUGAUAUCAUCGACACAGUUAAGUUUUCGUUUUUUUAUACACUUACACACCGGAACUCAAAGCAGAAGGUGAAAGUUAUAGGUAAAUGAAUAUAGCGAUGCAUUAAACUAACGAGACUCGGCUGCGGAUUUGGAAUGCCGCGAACGCGGCGCUUGCCUAGUAGACAGCGGGGGAAUUAAAACGGGAAGAUGACCUAUUUACACUAACGCAGUGCAAAGGUAAACAAAGCCAGAGAAUGUGAGAAGUUGCUGUGCAAAACAAACACGUUGUUGAGCGAAUUUGUUUAUCUAUUGAGUUAGAGCGGAGCGACAAACUUGAAAACAUGUCAAGGACAUUCAAACACAAACAGAAACUUUAUUUUUUAUAAGAAAACCAAAAAAUAGAGGAAAGAUGUGAGAAUACACUCUAAACGCAUUUUAAGUAAAUACACAAACCAAAAUCUCACAAGGAAGGUGCGAAGUGAUAGCAAAAAAAGGGGAGAGACUAAUAAAAGUGUAACUAAUUUUUACUAAAAACUCAGAAAACUAGCAACUAAGUAAGAAACCAACGCACCCAACCCGGAAGUUUCCGACAAAUGAUUCCGGUUGAAGAAUUUGCCUCCACGUUGCAAAACGGAAUCGUACAAAAGUGAAACUUCCGCGAAGAAAAAACUUACAAAAAAUGCAAAGAACUCCGAAUAGCAAUUUGUUUCCGUUCACCACAUUCAAUCAAAAAUGGUUGGGCGCGUAACAGUCAAUUCAGUCUAUCGUACACACCACACCUCUCGAAUGCGAUCCCCAAACGAUCGCGGGUCUGUGUGCGUGAGCGUGACACUGAAACAUGAAAACAAAAACACGUAACACAAGAUGAAACAUAAAAAAAUGGAAAUCUCAACUUUUUCGGUUCCACUUUUUUGAUAUAUUGAAGCAGACAACAACACUUAAAAAAACACACAUAUGAAUACGAUGAAACAAAAAAAAAACAGAAUCUAAAAAAGAAGCAAGAUGAAAGUGGAGAAAAAUCAAAGACAGAUUUAAACAACAUUUAAAAAACAAACAUUGACAAGAAAAUAAGCUGUGAGGAAUCAAACGAUGGGGAGUACGCAAAACAGUAAAAAACAAAAUAGUUGAAACACGAGCGAACGUGAGUGAAGAAACAAAAUCAAGAGAAGGCUCACACCCCAUUGUUGGAAUGUGUUUUCAAGGCCCACACGGCUACAAGAACGACAGAAUUGAGAAAAUGGAACGGUAAGAAAAAGCAGAUUAAUACCAUUGGAAACAGGAAACAUUCUUCUGCUACGAUGAGACAACAAUAGAAGAGAGAAAAAAAAACAAAACAAAAAGCAACUGCAACAAAAAAAAACAAUGGAAACGAAGAUGAACGAAGCGAAAAUGGGAAAGAGAGGCAGUUGAAACAUAGUCCUGUGAACAUAAAAGAACACAAAAACAAAAAAAUUAAUAAAUGUAUUUUAAAUGUUA